AUGCACCUAGCCUUCACAGUCCUCUUCGUGCUGCUCUUUGUCCUGCUGUGCGUCCUGGGAUUCCUGGCCAAUGGUUUCAUUGUGCUGGCGCUCAGCCGGGAAUGGGCGCGCCACGGGCGGCUGCUCCCCUCGGACCUGAUCCUCAUCAGCCUGGGUGCCUCCCGCUUCUGCCUGCAGUGGGUUGGCAUGGGGAACAACUUCUACUACUUCUUCCACUUGGUCGAGUACUGCAGGGGGCCCGCCCGGCAGUACUUUGGGCUCCCCUGGGACUUCCUGAACUCGGUCACCUUCUGGUUUGGCUCCUGGCUCAGCGUCCUCUUCUGCGUGAAGAUCGCUAACUUCUCCCACCCCGCUUUCCUUUGGCUGAAGUGGAGGUUCCCAGGGUCCGUGCCCUGGCUUCUGCUGGGCUCUCUGCUCAUCUCCUUCAUCGUGGCCCUGCUGUUCUUUUGGGGGAACCACGCUUUGUACAAAGGAUACUUGAUUAGAAGGUAUUCUGGGAACAUGACCUGCAAGCAGUGGAGCAGGAGGCUGGAAACGCACUAUUUCCUGCCCCUGAAACUGAUCACCCUCUCAAUUCCUUGCUCUGUUUUUCUGGUCUCCAUUGCUCUGUUGAUUAAUUCUCUGAGGAGACACUCGUGGAGGAUGCAGCGCAGUGCCCACACCCCACAGGACCCCAGCGCCCAGGCACACAUCAGAGCCCUGAAGUCACUCAUCUCCUUCCUGGUGCUUUAUGCUCUGUCCUUCGUGUCCCUGGUCAUCGAUGCUGCGGGGAUCUUCUCCGAGAGCGACUGGUACUGGCCGUGGCAAAUUUUAGUCUACUUGUGCACAUCCGUCCAUCCCUUUAUCCUCAUCCUCAGCAACCUCAGGCUUCGAGGGGUGUUUGGGCAGCUAACUCUGUUGGCCAGGGGCUUCCGGGUGGCCUAGGUGGCUUGAUCCCCUUAUCCAGGCCAUUGGAAGAGAUUCCAGCGAGUGUGACAGAGCCUCAGCCCACUCACAUGGAAACCUCUUCAUGAGCAUAUAUUUAUUGGAUCAGGCUGUGGGGGUUGUUCUCCUUUGGGGAGAGGAAGGGGGGAGUAACAUCUGAAGAUAAUUCCUUCCUUGGGACACUAUUCGAAUGUGGCCCUGGGAGCCCCAGAAGGCCAGCAGUGCUUAGAAGAUCAGAAAAUAAAAUUCUAUGCUGCUCUCUGUAUCCCCUCCAUUAUGCGCAAUGCUUUAGUUAAAAAGACUUGAUUAACUGUACUUAUCUCGACUGCCUACUGGGAAAUUAAGAAAAAAGGUGUUGGGAGUUCCCGUCAUGGCUCAGUGGUUAACGAAUCCAACCAGGAACCCUGAGGUUGUGGGUUCGAUCCCUGGCCUCGCUCAGUGGGAUAAGGAUCCGGUGUUGCCGUGAGCUGUGGUGUAGGUCACAGACAUGGCUCAGAUCCUGCGUUGCUGUGGCUCUGGUGUAGGGCAGUGGCUACAGCUCCGAUUAGACCCCUAGCUUGGGAACCUCCAUAUGCAGAGGGUGCCACCCUAAAAAA